AUGGCUUUUGCCAGCUAUGCUGCCAUGUUCAGAUUACUGGUUUUGGUGCUGGUUCUAGCACUCACCGUAAGGAGCUCACCCCAUAGGAGGGUGGUUCCUCCUCAACCCAACAAGAACGGUGGCACUGUGAGAUUUAGUGAAGAUUGCCUGGACCAAAAGGAACUCAAAUUCCCCACGACGGUGAAAGUUGACGUCCGUAUCAGCAAUUCAGAUCAUGCCUUUAGGAUGGUCCAUGAUGUCAGGAACCGGUCUCUUGCUCCUUGGGAUUACAGGCUCGAUGAAGACCCCAACCGCUUCCCCCAGGUGAUUGCUGACGCCAAGUGCCGCCUGUCCGGCUGCGUGAACCCACUGGGGCAGGAGGACCACAGCCUCAACUCCGUCCCCAUCCAACAGGAGAUCCUUGUGCUGCGGCGAGAGCUGCAGGGCUGCCUGCCCACCUACCGCCUGGAGAAGAAACUCAUCACCGUGGGCUGCACGUGUGCUGCUCCCGUCAUCCACCAUCAGUCCUAGGAGGGAUUAGCAGGAGAAAAAAAACUUUGGGAAGAAGAAAUGUCUCCUGUGAACAUCCCUUUGGAGAAAUCCUGAAGUCGCCCACCUUGCAUCCCGGGAUUUCAAUACGACACUUCUUUCCAAAUCUGAGCAGAUUAAAAGUACUGAUUCUUGCUGUUAAUUCAUGGAUUUUAGAAUGGGAAUCACCAGUUGCUAGUGAUGAAAGGGAGAGAAGGGAACGGAGGAAAAGUUUUAUUUGUGUCUAUGAGCAGGGAGGGAGUAAAGCAGUGCUUUUUUACUUUUCCUUUUUCCCUUAAUUGUAGCUUAAAUCAAUUUGAUAACUCAAAUGAAUUAAAGUUUCAAAAGUUGUUCUUGGCAGCAAAUUGCCCUAAUGUAUACAUGCCAAACUGCACUGCCACAAAAGAUUCCUCCUCCUGCACCUUCUCCCUCCCUUCCUCAUCCCAGAGCCCCUUUCCUUUCCCUGCUCACUCACAUAUUUCUAGUGUAAAUCUGACCUAAGUGUCACUAGGCCUGAUUCUAAUUAGAGUCCAGGCUUGUGUCACUGCUGCUCCAUGGGGAGCAGUGGCUGUAUUACUGCAGGACAUUUUGGGACAUGAUUGAGUCCACUUGCAUUUAGUGUUAAAAUGGUGAAGAAUUAAUAUUAGUGUUUAUAUUUCUAAUUACGUUUUCUAUUUA